GAGAUGUUGUAUAUAUAUAUACAUGUACUCCUCACAUAAUUAAUCAAUGAAAAUAUAAUUCUUCAUUGUAUCAGAGCCACACCAAAAACCCUAAUAUUCUCUCCCUCUUGUUUCGGCCUUCUCCUCCCUUUGCCGAACAGCAGCGCCGCCGCUCCUCCUCCCUCUUCCUUCGGCCGGCAGCUCCUCCUCCACCAUGACGGACAGUGAGAUCACAUCUCAAUCCUCCAGCCCAAAACCUCCCCAUCUUGCUUUCUCCGUCUCAAAUGUCAAACUUCAUGUUCCAAUUCAACUCAGUUUUUCUCAACCAAACUAUAAAAAGUGGAGCCGCUUGUUCCUCCUUCUUGCACGUCGGUUCAAUCUCCAUGGCUAUCUCAAUGGCUCUAUUGCUCCCAUCUCCGACGAAGACGACGAAUGGUUCCAACUUGAUGCUAUUCUCCAGGGAUGGAUUCUCUCCACCAUCACAGAUGAGGUGUCUGAUCUCGUUCUCUCUUCUGUUUCUACUGCAUCAGCUUUCUGGAAGAUGAUUCACGAUUUGUUUCACGACAAUAAGCACGCUCGAGCCAUGCAACUCGAGCAUCAAUUUCGCACCACCGUCAAAGGAUCUACCCCCAUGGCUGCAUAUUGUCAAGAGCUCAGGAAUAUUGCUCCCAAAGAGAAAUGGGAUGAUAGAGAUUGUAAAAAGCACAAUCUGGACAACGUCGCCAAAGCAGCCAUCUUCAAGACACUUGAUCCCAUCACCUUCUCCAAAAUCAAGCAUCUCAAGACUGCCAUGGAGAUAUGGCAAGGUCUUGGGAAGCUGUGUGAGGGAUCAGAAGACUUGAGAAAGCAGAAGAUAGAGAAUGUAAGGUUACUGAGAUCACUUCCAACCGAGUGGUACACCAAAGCCACAGCCAUGGAAGAAGGAAGAAACCUGGAAAACUACACUGUCCAAGGUCUCCUUGAUGAGCUCAGAACCUAUGAGCACGAGCUGAAGAAAAAGAAGGAAGAACAAGUCACUCCCUUCCCCACGGCACUGAUGACAACUCCAAGAGUCCCACCAAGUGAAGGGACAUGCCCAAGGAACUGUGACACACCAUCCUCCAGCCAGCCGUCAAGCUCAAAAAUGGAGAACUGCGAUGAGGAAUUUGCCAUGAUGGUUAAGCAAUUCCGGAAGUUCAAGAAGUUCUUCAAGAAGACUGACUCAGUCAGAAGGCCAUCCAAGGGAAAGCCACAGGUAAGUGACUCUCCUCCUGAAUCUUAUCUGUGUUAUAACUGCAGGAAGCCUGGCCACUGGAAGUCAGCAUGCCCGUACCCAAAGGUGGAGAAGUACGGAGAAAGAGAAAGGAACGAGAAGAAAAAGAAGGCAAUGGUUGCUGCUGAAAGUGACGAGUCAUCCAGCUCAAGCUCGGAUGAAGAAGCCCUCGUCUGCAUGGAGCGCAGAGCUGAGAAGUCCAACCAUGAGGAUAGGUGGACUAUGUCAGAAGAUGGCAAUCUCUGCCUAAUGGCCAAAGAUGAUGCGGAUCAAGAGGUAACUUCACAAACCUCCUGCUCAUCUUCUUAUGAAAGCAUACCAACUUCUGAAAAUCUUUUUGACCAGUUCAAAAAGAUGAUGGAAGAUUUUGAGGAAAUAAAUCUCAAACAUUUAUCCUUAACAGAGGAGAACAAACUACUGAGUGAAGAGAAUCUCAAAUUGACUGAAGGUCGGAAAAGUCAACUGGAUGAGAUCACUCAACUCAGGACUGAAAAUGAAUCUCUCUCUGAAAAGGUGAAAUCCCUUAACAAAGAACUAGGGAUACUUAAGUCCAAAGAAGCAGUGGAUAAGCUUCUUGAAACAAACAACCAACCAACCAUAAAGGACUUGGGUUACUCCUUGGAAUUCUGCAAGGACAUGGCAUCUCUAAAGAACAUCUCCACAAAUGAAGUCAUUCUCACUGGGAAGAGAAUCAGAAACAUCUAUGAAGUAAUGUGGGACAAUGUCAAGGAAGCAUGUCUAAUCAGCAAAGACAAGGAUGAAGAAGUCAAUGAAGAAGAUAGAAUGAAGCCUACGGAGUUCAUUCCAUUCAGAAGUCUACCACUGAAGACUUCACAGAGAAAUCCAGAUUCAGACAGUGGUGAGCCUUCCGGAAAUUUUGGCCAGCCUUCCAAUAUCCCGGAUCUCUCAAACGGCGACAAUUCCGGAAAUGGCGACCCAGUGCCAAUCCAUCCGGAAACACCAACAACUUCUGUUCUUCAACCAGAAGCUGAACUAGAUCAACCAGUCAAUCCCAAUCAACACAAUCUUCGUUGGUUAAGGGAUCAUCCUCCUCAACAGAUCAUUGGAGAUAUUCAAUCUGGUGUUCGCACAAGGAGUGCCCAACAGAAUCUAGAAGCUAUGCUUGCUUAUUCUUCAGAUUUCUUCACUCGAAUUUCUGAGAAAAUGAAGAUUGUUGGAGCUAAUGUCCAUUUCCAGACGUUGGAAGCCAAAUGCUCUUCACCGGCGUUCUAUCAAAGCUAUCUGGAGAUGAUAGCUGCUCAAGAACUCUCCAAAUUUCUUCAAAUGGAGAUUCGCCUCAAAUUUGAAGAAGUUCUUGAAUUCUAUAGAAAUGGAGAGGUCAAGACUGCUCAUUCAAAGAAGGACCCACAGAGGACGUUUCCUGUCAUCAAGUCCACUGUUGGAGCGAAGAAAGUAGAUCUGAACAACGACUACAAACUUGUUCUGGAACUAGUCAUUGCAUGUCUCGAGUGUGGAAGUGGAGGAGAAAACAGAGCUGGUGCUAGUGCCACUGCAGAAGAAAGCUCAUCAGACAAUGUUCCACUCAUCAAUUUGGCAAAGACUGCCAAAAGGAAGCAUGUGGUGUCUCCCUCUCCAAGUGUUGAAGCACCACAGAAUCUUCCCUUGAUCAAUUUGGAAGAAGAAGAAGAAGUCUCUGACCAUGGAGAACUUCAAAGGAAGAAGAAGAGGAAGAUCAACUCUCCAUCAACAUCUGGAAAUGUCAAUCCGGAUGAGUUGAAGGAGAAGGAACCUGCUGAGGAAACCUCUGCCCAAAACCAAAGUCCUCAACAACUUGAAGAAGAAACUCCUCAAGCUCAAAGCCUUCUAGCCUCAUCUCAGCCUCAAACAGAUGAUGCUGAAAACAAAUUCUGGCAGCUCUAUUAUAAUUGGAGAGCUUGGAAAGUUGGAAAUUCAGCAGAGCAACUGUUGGAUUGGGACCAACAACUGAAGAGUGAGAAGAUUAUCAAGAAAUGCCUAGGACUACCAGUCAACCAAGGCUGUGAAGACAUCUUGAAUGACUACUGGGUAUGGCAAAGGAACAAUGAAGAUCUGCAUCUGGAACACUUGGCCACCACACCAGUUUCAGACCCUGAAGCAGAUGAUGAAGACACUGCAGUUUACAAGCCAAUCUUUUCAAAGGUCACAGAAGAUCAAGUGAUUCUCACUUAUGAAGCACAGGCUGACUUGGAAGCAACAACUGAGGAUUUCCAAAUCUUUCCGGAAACCUCACAUGCUUCUGAAAUGGUUCUAACUGAAGCUGUUCAAGAGAAGGCAGCCUCUCCCCCCUCUAGACUUUGUAUCUCUCCCCUACAAAAACAGAACCAGAAAACAGCAGAAGAAGGAGAAUUUCAGCAACAAAUUCAAUCUCAUGUCCUUGAGAUUCUCACAACUGCACGUGAGAUCUCCAACCAGCCAGAACUUGACAUCCCGGAGAAGUCAGCAGAAAAUCCGGAACAGCAAGAGAUAGAGCAAAUGGAAGCUAGGUACAACAAGCUGCUUGAGAAAUCUGAAGAGAAACACAACACAGAUCUCAAGGAAAUAGGUAAAUCAGUAGAAAAGACUCUAGAGAUCAUCUCUCUAUUGAGUAAAAUUGUGAGCAACACGAUUGAAAUAUAUGCCUCUGACAGUCAACUUCAAUUCAAAGAGUUCAACAAAGUCAAAGAGCAAAUAGCGAGUGUCACAGUUGGUCUACAAAAACAGAUGUCCCUUCUCCAAAUGGACAUCAGAUCAGCAUUAGCAGUAGCUUCAGCAAAUCAGGUAGUGACCAAAGACUACUUAAAGGUGAUCAUUGACAAUCAAAAGGAAGCAUUCAAACUGUUCAGACUUCUUGGCGCAAAUUUUGGAAACCGCAAGAUGGAAGUGAUUCUUCAGCAACAGAGUCCAUCUCCAAUACCACAGCUCCCUAUUGCAGUCAAAGAAGGAGAAGUCUCUUAUAUUCCUUCUCAUCUGAACAUGACAAAUCUAAUCCUUGAAGCACAGCAAAGAAAUCCAGAAAACUCAGCACAGCAUCUAUCCAGCUCAAGUCUGGAUGGAACAGAAUUUAUAGGUACAGUUGUUGACCACUUCUCAAAUGAUGCUCAAUCAGAGGAAAGACGUGAAAAUUUAAGGCGCAUCAAAGAACUGUGUGGGAACAUGCAGGGCAUCAGUGAGAUGUUGCGCGGCCUGCCCGACGAUCUACAAGCCCAAACUUCGUUUCUCCAAUUUCAGGAUCCUUUGCCGAGUUUUCUCCAAGUGCGUUCGGCUCUUCUCCUUCUCGACCGGCAGGGGACUCCACUGGGCGGAACCAGCAGCACGGCACUGCUGGCAGGUUGGGACGCCCGCAGUUUCAGCGGCAACCAGCACGGUGGCGGUGGCAGCCGCGGCCCUCCUCACGGCGGCAGUGGAGAUCGGGCUUUUGGUGUCAACUAUGGCGAUGGCUCUGUUAGCCUUGGGACUUUGCCUAAUCAGAUUAUCAUUCCGGCUGGUUUUUACUUAGAGGGGCUUAAACUUUUCAGUAAGGGAUUAGCAGAAUUAUUGAGGAACUCGAAUUGCUUAAGUCAUCAGCCACAACCAGUGCCAAAUGUUUUUCAAGAAGGUAUUGGGUCUAAUGAAGUUUGCAAGGAUGAGGGGUGGAGAUGUUAUCAUGGAGUUUCUUCUUAUGAUAGAUGUGAGGAAGAACAGAAUAAUCUGGAAAAUAGGCUAAUUGUUGACUUCACUAUGGAGAAAGAGCUGGAAAGUUUGCAAAGGCACAAGCCAUUGGCAGAGGUUCCUUUAGACCAGGGCUCUCUGGAUAUUUUUCAUCAAGUUAUCAAGGAUAACAUUAACCUCUUCAGAAAAUCAAUUGCUAGCAAACAGUUUUUAGAUGCUCUUAAUAAAGGUCAGAUUCUCAAUUACUCAGAGGAAGUCGUUAGGAUUACAAGGGAGGCAAUCAAAAGCUUCGAGUAUAUUGAUGCAGCAAAAAUGGAAGGUGCAAGAUGGACACCAGAUUAUGACGCAGAAACAGAAUCACCUCUUAUUCCGGUUUGGGUUGGUCUAGAAGGACUGCCAAUCCAUCUUUUUGAUUCAGCUGCUCUUUACUCAAUUGCAAAUCUUAUAGGGAGACCUUUGCGUACAGACAGUGCAACCAGAAACCUUACUAGGCCUUCUGUGGCUCGGGUUUGUGUCGAACUUGACCUCUCUAAAGAGAUACCAAAGGCUAUAUGGAUACACCUUGGCAAACUCUCUUCUUUUCAACCCAUUUACUACGAAGAUCUUCCAGCUUUCUGCUCGGGUUGCAAACAACUUGGACACACAAACUGCAAAGAGGGGGUUCGAUCAUCUAGAUGGACUCGUAGAGAUACCUCAAAAACCAAUUUGAAAGCCCAAGUUCUUAGCCAACCAAGGGCUUCUAAACCCCUGCAACAAGACACCAAAGCUGAACAACAACUUACAACAGAUUCCAAGGAAGCUUUUAGCGAUGUGGAUAUGGCGAUAACUCUAGAUAAACAUCAAGCAACCGCCCCCUUGAUGGCACUGCCAAUGGAUAGCAACACACCAAUAGUCACUCCUGCACCAAUGGACACUUCCAUUUCUCCUACACCUCAUGUUAUUGAUCUCAGGCAGUACCCAUUUGUUUCUGUGGAUGGCAUAGAACAGGUAGAGCAAUCAGAAGCCAACAAUAUCACAAACUGUUUUGACUGCAACACUACAAAAAACACCAAGGAUGGGCACUCAACCUCUGAUCCUGAAGUGGUUUCUGUGGCAGUGGACAACCUGACUAAGGAAGCAGAUUUGGAACCUACACAAGAACACUCAAUUGAGGAAAGCAUGGAUGGAAAUACAAUCAACCUAGAUGAGUUUCCAGUACUUACAAGACAGAACAUGGAGGAGGAAGUACACACUCCAACUGUGGAGGCGGUUGUACACACUUCAACCGAGACGGAGAAGGAUAACACAACAGGGACCUUAAUGGCUGAAGAUACAACAAAGGAAAACACAACACCAAAUAAUUCAGAUGUCAACCCUGCCAGCAUUGGACCGAUCCUCCACUCUUUUGAGCAUGACGGUCAAAAUUAUGAAAUCAGGUCUUACAUGGAGGAAGGACAAACAUCCAACCGCAAUGAUGAAAACCUCAUAGCUAACGAAUUCCAAGAAGUCCAGAAUAAAAAAAGAAGCAAGCUAUGCCAAGGACCAUCAAAACCAGAAGCUAUGAUCCUAAUCUCGAAGUAGGGACUAAUAUUUAUCCAGUUUUGAUUGUUUAUCAAUAAGAACUAUGUGAUUAU